AAGACCAAUAAGACGAGAAACCGAACCCUCGUAACCGCGGUGAACCGCCCCUAGAAUUCCAAACAUUUUAACCCCGAAGAAAACACCGAAAUUCAAUUAUUGGUUUUAAAAAAAAAACGUGAAGCGCUCGCCGAUCCCAGACCUAGUUUUCUUCUCCAGCAAUUCCCACUUCUCCUCUCCGAUCGUGAAUUUUUGAGGGUUCUUCUCCGGUUGAUUCGGGCUUGGAUUGAGAUCGAUUUGGUAACAAAUUGCUUUCUUGGAUCUCUGUUGAUGUCGUCGACGAGAUCGUUGAAUCCGAUUGGGGGCGCCACCAUCGACCCGGCCCCGCUCCUCGGCACCCGCAGCGGCGGCGGGGACGACAGGGGGCGGCGGAAUGGGAGGCGUCCGAGCCUGCGGGGGGCCGCGCGGUUCCUUCGGCGGGCGAGCAGCCGGCGGAUGAUGCGGGAGCCGUCGAUGCUGGUGCGGGAGGCGGCGGCGGAGCAGCUGGAGGAGCGGCAGAGAGACUGGGCCUACUCGAGGCCCGUCGUCUUCCUUGAUAUCCUCUGGAACCUGGCGUUCGUGGCGGCGGCGGCGGGGGUUCUGGUGCUGAGCCGGCAGGAGAGGCCAUCGAUGCCGCUGAGGCUGUGGAUCGGAGGGUAUGCGCUGCAGUGCGUGCUGCAUGUGGUUUGUGUGUGCAUUGAGUACCGGCGGAGGCAUCCGUCGCAGCGGGAGGAGGGUUCGGAGGAUGGAGGGAUUGGGGGUCGGGGGAGUUCGGGGCCGAGCUCGCCGAGGGAGGUGGAGGAAGGUGGUGGUUAUGACGCUGAGCAAGGGCAGGAUGAGGAGGGGACCAGCAUUAUAAAACAUCUGGAGUCUGCAAACACGAUAUUUUCAUUCAUUUGGUGGAUUAUUGGAUUCUAUUGGGUAUCUGCUGGAGGCCAAGCCUUGACGAGUGAUGCACCACAACUUUACUGGCUUUGCAUUGUUUUUCUGGCAUUUGAUGUGUUCUUUGUCGUUUUUUGUGUUGCCCUCGCGUGUGUUAUUGGCAUUGCUGUUUGCUGCUGCCUACCAUGUAUCAUUGCAAUUUUAUAUGCUGUGGGAGAUCAGCAGGAGGGAGCAUCUGAUGAAGACAUCCGCCAACUUCCGAAAUACAAAUUCCGAAGAAUUGGUGAUCCUGAAAAAAUUGGUGGUGACAUAUCAAGGCCAUCUGGUGGAAUAAUGACCGAGUGUGGCAGUGAUCCACCCAUUGAGAAUGUUCUUUCAGCAGAGGAUGUGGAAUGUUGCAUCUGCCUCUCUUCCUAUGAAGAUGGGGUGGAGCUGCGGGAACUUCCUUGCAGCCAUCAUUUCCAUUGUACCUGCAUAGAUAAAUGGCUAUACAUCAAUGCAACCUGCCCCCUCUGCAAGUUUAAUAUUAUAAAGAGCAGCAACCAUGGAAGGGAGGAGGUCUAAAUGGUGCUCCAGGAACUCCAGCUUCCAUCAACUUGUUCCGGUACUCCUGAGAUGCUGUGAUUGCCUAUUCAGGAAAUGAAUGCCAUCCAGUCUAUUUGCAUGAAAUGUCUAUAAUAGUCACCUGGGAAGUGGAAAUGCAAUUUUAAGUUUGUAGUUCUCUGUCAAAUAAUAUGUUUUUCUGAUAGAAUAUUGUUAUACAGAUUGUUGAGAAGAAAACCACGCAAUAGGAUAAGGAUAGAUUAUUUGGGGACAAAAGUAUGAAAAUGUAUUGCUAACUUAGAAUAAAAUUGUUGUAGCUAUCUUUGUUGAAAUUACAAUACGGUAUCUAUGAAAUCAGGUGUGGAUUCUUUGAUUGAA